UACAUCCGCUCCUCGGGCACACGUCGUCCACGAGGGUUUCGUGAACUUCCCAAGCACAAGGCGAACGGAGCCGGUGGCGGGGGGGAGCCUUCGCGUUGGGACGCGACGUUGUUGCGCAAUCGGGCGGUGGACGGGGAGGAAAGGGAGUUCAACGCUUUCCCGCUCUGGGGGUCGCACGCCCCCCCCCCUACGGCCACGCGCCCGGCGAAAGCCGCGCGAUCCGCCCGCGCUCCCCGGUGCUGCCCUGUCGGCGGCCACCGCCGCCACCGCCACCGCUGCCCACCCGUGCGCCCGCCCGUCAUCCCGGGCAGCAGUGCGUUGGGCGAUGGCCGGGCGAGCACUCCGCUUUGGGAUGCUGGUGCACGCGCUGGUCGUGGCUGCGCUCGCGGCCGCCGCAGCCGCCGGCGACGACGGCACGCGGGCCAACGCCACCGCUUCGCCCCUCUCGCAGGAAGUGUUGGACUCCAUCGCCAGUUUAAAGCAAAGAAUAUUUCAAUAAUAAAGUUUUUUACUGCUCUGGACGCGAGCGGACGCUACUCGCGGCGACUGCACACGGGCAACGGCUUCUGGCUGGGCUCGCGCGAACUCUGCCGGCAGCUGGACGAGGCCGCGGCGGCCGGCGGCGCCGGCGACGCCCCGCCGCCGCCCUUCCGCUUCAGCUACCACGUCGCCAAGAUGGACAUCGACCACGACCUGCUCCCCGAGGCGCGGAGCGUGGCGCUGGGGCUGUGCAUGCCGGCCGCGUGCUCGGCGGGCGACACGCAGGCGGCGCUGGUGGCGCUGGGCGCGGAGCCCGGCCGCAACGUAGUAUCAUCAGGUAUAAUUACAUCUCUAGUCAUAAUUGCCACAUUAUAUGACUUUUUCCUGCUGAAUUGCACCAAAACAAGUUUGCAGAAUUCUUCAAAUAAUUUUUCUGAAGAGAAUAACAAUAUCACUGUUGAAACUCAACAUUUUAAUGGAAACAAUUACAAACCAAACACAUUUGAUUGUAUGGAUGACACACAUUUUAAAGUUCAUCCAAGUUCAUUAAAGUAUAGCAGAACAUUUAACGGAAUUUCCAACAUUGCAACAAAGAAUAACGAGAAAGAAGUACACAAGGCCAGGAAAACAUGGAAAUGGAGAGAUGAUGUAUCAGAUAAUAUAUUUAUGCAGAUGCUAUUGUCAUUUUCCCUCCGCACCAACUUGCAAAAAUUAUGCAGCCUAAAAAGUGGAGAUGAUACCCUAACCCCUAUCCAUGGACUUCGAGUAAUAACAUUGAUGUGGAUUGUUCUUGUGCAUGCAUGUCUUAUGACAUUCCAAAAUGCAGAUAAUAAACUUCUAAAAAUGAAAGCGGAACAAGAUUUCUUGUUUCAAACUCUGAGCAGUGGCACAUAUUCUGUGGAUACAUUUUUUGUGAUCAGUGGAACUCUGGUAUCAUUCUUAUAUUUCCGAACAAUAUCAAAAAUAUCAAUGAAAGAGCUAACCUUCACAGAUGGAUAUAAAGCUGGAAUAAUGCAGUUUCUUGGGAUGACAGGUUACCGUUUCAUGAGGUUAACUCCAACAUAUCUGUAUGUGUUGGGAAUUAUUACUGUGUGUGCAAAGUAUUAUCAAGAUCAUGCAGUAAUGGAAUUACCAACAAAAGAUCAUGACAACUGUGAAAAAUACUGGUGGAGAAAUAUGCUUUACAUAAAUACUUUUUAUACUGCAAAAGAAAGGUGUAUGUCAUGGAGCUGGUAUUUAGCUAAUGAUACACAAUUUUAUACAAUUGGCACAGUAGCAGUAGCUCUGGUAGGCUUAAUAUUGCUAAGUGCCUGGACGACUUCAGCAAUUUUGACCAUUAACACCCAACACCGACCAAGUAUUGAAGAUCCUUUUGCCAAUUAUGAAGAUCUAUAUGACAAACCAUGGAUCCGAGUAGGUCCUUAUUUUAUAGGCAUGUGUGCUGGUUGGAUAUUAUGCAAAACAAAUUGUGAAAUCAAACUACACAAGGGAUGGUUAAUCCUAUGUUGGAUCCUAGCAUUUUCCAUAAUGUGUAGUGUUGUAUAUGGACUAUAUGGGGUUGAGUUCGGACCAGUUCUAUCAGCAAUGUAUGUAGCACUUGGUCAUUCAGCAUGGGCCCUGGCAAUUGCUUGGAUUUUAAUUGCAUGCAGUACUGGCAAUGGAGGAAUUGUGGAUAAAAUUCUUUCAUGGCCAUAUUUGUAUCCCAUAAGCAGACUUACAUAUUGCACAUAUCUCAUACAUCCUCAAGUAAUAAGAAUAGUCCUCCUCAACUAUGAUAGUUCAUUUCAUAUUACUAUAGACAUGAUGGGAACAGUGUACGUAGGAUUUCUCAUAGCAUCCUACAUAGCAGCAUUAUUCAUCUCGCUCACUUUUGAAGCUCCAAUGACUUAUUUUAUCCACGAAUAUCAAUAUGAAAUAAUCAUGUUUAAAAAUGUACAAGAAAUAUAUUAUAUAUUAAGUCCAAUGGCAACACAACAAAGAACUAUACAGAUGUUUUUGGAGCAGUAC